ACGGCCAAUCUCAGAAGCCAAUCAAUCCCAGAAACUGAGACAAUCAAGCUUGUGGUUGGGGACAAUUCAAUUCCUUGAUUUUUAAUGAACACCUGUAGUUUUUAACUUGAAGUGUAGGAGGAUCACUAAAAUUUAAGAGGGGGUUUAAUUGGUGAUCAUAUAGAAUUGUUGGGAAUAAAAGGAAAGUAGAAAAAAGUUUGUUCCACAUCUCGAUCCUACGACAACUCGUCGAUAAACCCAGUUCUUAGCUUAACGUUCUUCGUUGUUGGAGCAAAGAAUCUUUCUUUCUUUAUCUAACUGAUAUACGGAAUCCGAAAGACAAUAUAUUUUUAAGGUUCCCUAACUUUUAUGGGUUUUGCUUUUUAAAGAUUAUUAAUUCAAUAAUCUCGAGUUGAUUAAAUCAUUCAUUGUUGGGUUUUACAUGCCUGGGAUCAAAACGGAAAGUUGGAUUUAAAUUGCAGUUGCGGACAUCACGAAUGCUGUUGAGGUUGGGUAUUGUUGUCACCGUUAAUGCUAUACAACGGCCUCUAUUCUGAUAGCGGACUGCUAUUUAAAUCCCUCAAGGCCAUUCAUUGACUAAAAGGUUCUUGGGAAGCAGAUGGGUUCUGGGGAAGUGAAUCCCCAUUUCAGUGUCUUUGAUGAGUGAAGAGCUUCCCAUUGACUCCUGAGGCUCUCAUGGCUGAAAUCAACACUUCCAUCACUAAUCUCGAAUAUGCACGUGCUACAGCUCUCCUUGACUCCCCAUCCUCAUCCUUGUCAAAAAACAAGGGUCAGGAUUCGCCCAAGUAUGAUGCCCGGUUGGCUGAUGAGGCUCAUAAAGCUGGUUGUGCUGCAUUGGCUGCUGGUAAACUUGAUGAAGCUUUUCAUUCCUUGAAUGUUUCACUCUCCAAAUGCCCACCGGAGAAAGCCUCUGCUGUUGCCAAGCUUCAGUCUCUUAUAUCUCUCACUUCUCAGCGACUCCACAAAUAUUCUGUUUCGAACUAGCCCAUAUUUGUGUGGUAUUUUUUCCUUUUUAAACUUAAUUGUUUCAAUCAAAUUUUAUUUAAAAGAUUGC